AUAAUAUAGAUUUAGUACACAAAUAGUUCAUAAGCAUUGUGUGGAGGACUCGGAUUUGGAUGAUGAAGAUGAACCUCUCCCUACUCACUCUAUAUAAACACAACAAAGCGGGAUAUAUUUGUGCACCAAAUUAAGCUAUCUACCUAGUACCAAUCAACCAUACAAAGAAAGUUAGUACUAAAAUAUAUAGUAAUUUUGAGGAUGGUGUUGAAAUUGGAAUUACUCUCCAAAGAGAUGAUGAUCAAGCCAUCAUCACCAACUCCACCUCACCUCAAAACCCUCAAACUAUCCUUUCUUGAUCAAACCUCGCCGCCCUUUUUCGCCCCUUUCAUCUUUUUCUUCCAUCAUGGAACUACGGAUGAUCAUGGCCGUUCAUCACAGCUGCUGAAGCAAUCUUUAUCCAAGGUCUUGACCCUGUUUUAUCCCUUAGCUGGACGGAUCAAAGGAAACGAUUUCGUUGAUUGUAGUGACGAUGGCGCGUUGUGGGUUGAGGCUCGCGUUCAUGGGUUCCUCAAAGAUGUGGUUGAAAAUCCGUUAAUGGAGGAAUUGGAGAAGUUUCUUCCGUUAGAGCCUCAUAAUGGAGAUGAUAGUAAGUUAAUGCUUGCGGUGCAAGUAAAUUAUUUUCUUGACGGUGGAAUAGGCGUGGCGGUUUGCGUGUCGCAUAAGAUCGGCGAUGCAUUCUCUGUGGUCAACUUUGUGAAUGCAUGGGCUGUCACCGCGCGUGAAGGAGACGCCGCGGUGAUCUCGCCGCCCAAUUUCGGGUUGGUGUCGUCUCUCUUCCCGCCGACGACGGAGGACCUGACUGGGUCUGGAUUCUCGUCGACCCUUGGCAUGACGACGAGGGAAAAGAUCGUCACCAGGCGCGUGGUGUUCGACAAACAAAACCUGGCGGCUCUGAAGAAAUCUGCGGCGGCAGAAUCGUCGAGAGUGGGAAACCCCACUCGCGUGGAGGCCCUCUCCGCCUUCCUGUGGAAGCGUUUCAGGGAGGCCAGUAGGAAAAAAACCCCACACGGUUCCGUGAAGAAAACGUUCCGGGCCACUCAAAACGUGAACCUCCGUGCGAGGAUGAAUCCGCCGCUCCCGGAUGCGACGUUCGGGAACCUAUGGAGUCUGGCAAAUACUACAGAAAAGCCGUCGGAAACAGACGACGACCUGGUGUUUCAACUGAGAACUUCCAUAAGGGAAAUCAACGCGGAAUACGUGGAAGCUUUGCAAAACGGGAAAGGGCAUUCGGAACAUCUCCGUAAAUGGCAUGAACGUUUCAGCGGCGAAGGGGAAGCUGAGUUCUUGGAAUUUACAAGCGUGUGCAGGUUUCCAAUAUACGAGGUAGAUUUCGGUUGGGGAAAGCCUGUUUGGGCGUGCAUAACAACUUUUCCGUACAAGAAUCUCGUUAUAUUGAUGAGCACCAAAUGUGGGGAUGGGAUUGAAGCUUGGAUUAACACGGGUGAAGAAGAUGAUAUAUAUAUGGGAGCAGGGAGCUUGACACCCACGCCAAAACUAUAGUUCUACCGACGCAGGAAAAAUGGUCAUAGACAAUGGUUUUUAUCCGUUGUCUAUUCGGUAAAACUUCUAUUUUUAAUACCAGUAUUGUUGUAAGUCUCGCAUAAAAGACAACAGUUUUGACCGUUGUCUUAUAUAGAAAAGAUAACAAUUUUGACCGUUGUCUCAUAUAAAAAAGACAAAGGUUAAAAACAGUUAUCUAUUAUAUUGAGUGUUGUUAAAACUAGUGUUGUUAAAACUCACACGCAUAGACAAUGAUUUUUAACCGUUGUCUUUUCUAUAUAAGACAACAGUUAAAGACUGUUGUCUAUUGAGUGUUGUUAAAACCAAUAUUGUUAAAAGUCACGUGGACAGAGAGCGAUUUUUAACCGUUAUAUUUUCUAUAUAAGACAACUAAUGGUUAAAAACCGUUCUCUAAGUGUUGUUGAAUGUUGUGUGCAUACAUUAUAUAUUGUGGUCAAAUAAAACUUAGUUUGUUUGAAUAAAUAUUAAAUAUGAAAUACUCAUAA